UGGGGUCUGCUCACGCGUCUGGCCAAUAAUGUGCAGAGAGCAGCCGCGAACAUCAUUUAAAAAGGAGACAGUCGGGCGCUGCUUAAACCUUCCAUCAGUGUGUGUGUGCGUGUGUGCGUGCGCGGUUUUCGGUGCGCGUGCUUGUAAUUGUUUAAGGCAUCGGUAUGAGCUUUGUACACUCGUUCCGGCGCACUUGAUCAUCUCUGAUCCACAUAUUCCUCACUGGAUUUUCUCUGCUUAGAAGGACUGAUCACACACCAGGUUACCACUGUGUGAAUUCCCUUUUCUUUGGACGUCCCGACUUUACUGCACUCAAUAAGCCUUGACAGAAUGACCAGAUCGGUGCAGCUCACGUGCGCAGUGCUCUUGCUGUGGGUUUUUGUGUCCUGCGCUGCGGAAACCAGAUCCACCCAGGGCGCCAUUCCUAACCCAAGCAAAAACAAACCCAACGAGUCGGAGAGACGGCAGACCGGCUCUUCCACAUCAUCCUCAUCCUCGGGCAGAGGCAGAGGCACGUCGUCCUCUGCAGAAGAGGUGCUGGAGUCGAGUCAGGAAGCGCUGCAUGUGACCGAGCGCCGCUACCUGAAGCGCGACUGGUGCAAGACGCAGCCGCUGAAGCAGACGCUGCACGAGGAAGGCUGCGUGAGCAAGACUAUCAUCAACCGCUUUUGCUACGGCCAGUGUAACUCGUUCUACAUCCCGCGCCACGUGCGCCGUGAGGAGGGAGCCUUCCAGUCGUGCUCGUUCUGCAAGCCCAGGCGCUUCACCACCAUGACCUACACACUGUCCUGCCCCGACCUGCAGCCGCCCACGCGUAAGAAGCGCGUGCAGCGCGUCAAACAGUGCCGCUGCAUCUCUAUUGAACUGGAUUGAAGUGUGCGAUCAAACAAUAUCUACUUUUUUUUGUCGCAACUUGAACACCGCAGCAUUACAUUCUGAAAACUUAUUUAGAUGAAAAGCAUAAAGCACGUUUUCUAAAAGGGGAAAAGAGGACACUGGACACUGAUGUUGCGCAAUCAAACUCCAUCCAAGCGCAACACGCAUUUCAUCCUGCCUUCAACAAUCCCAUCAUGAGUUCUUAUCGCAUGUUUUCCUCCAGAAAAAACACGCUUCAUCUAAACAUUAAACAUAUGCAAGUGUUACACACUUUUGCAACCUGUGUACAAAACAAAGAGAACCCCCAAAAUAAAUAAAUUACAUAAAAUAAAUAAAACAAAUAAAUAAAUACAAAUAACAGAACACUGGCAAAACACACAGCAUACUUUUUUGGGACAUUAAAGCCUAAUCAUGUAAUAAGUAUUAACAGGUAUCUUUUUUUUGUUUUUUUGGAGAGUGCUGGAAAGUGUUUUUUCCACCAUGUGGAAAUAAGUGGUGAUCUAAUAAAACGUGUAAAGAAGACUUUUAUUUAACAUGAUUUUAAUAUGAUAGAAGGACGCUUGUAUAAUAGCUGGUGUAUUAUAUUGUCUGUUUGUUGUGAAUUUUGUUUUGUAGACAUAUUUUAUGUACCUAUUAUUAUUAUUAUUAUUAUUAUUAUUAUUAUUAUUAUUAUUAUUAUUAUUAUUAUACGACCUGCCUGAAAAUGACAUGAUCUUAAACCCUUCAUAUAUGAUUUAUUUAAAAAUUAGAAUUGAAAUCACGCAAAGGAAAAAAGAAGAGUACAGAACCUGGUUAUAAUGAACAUAUUGUGGUCCAUUCUGUUUACAAGUCUUUCUCUGUGACUGUUUAAUGGGAUUGCUGCUUUAUCUUGACUGUAGGCCUGUUGAGUUAAAGUGUUAAUAAAAAUUACACAUAUAUUUAUAAGUCUCUUUUAAUGUUUUAUAUGAAACUAGUACUUAAUAGUACUAUACACUUGCAAAUUGUUUGAAAUUGUAUGUCUGUAUUAAUCAAAAACACAAAUAGACCAUGGACCAUCAUUGUCACUUACCUAUAUGGUAACAUGGCUCUAAAAAAAAUGAGAGCCUGUUAUGUGUUUGGAAGUAAAUAGGACUGAAAUGCCUUUAUAUUAUAUAUAUAUGUAAAACAUAAUAAAAAAAUAUCAGACAAUACAUUAAAUGGCAUUUACUGAGAAACAUUUCCCAUUAUUUAGAAUGUAAAAUAAUACACACCAAAUACAAAAAGAUUUGAGUAGCACAAAUAUGUUUCAGAUUUAAUGCAUGACUUUGGUGUUGGAUGGUGUGAAGCGAGGGGAAAACAUUUGGUACGUGUGAGUUAGGGUUGUUCAUGUCCUGAUUUUCCCAGAGGUCAUUAGGUUCAGUUUAAUGCACAUAAACAGACUGUUGAAACUUUACACAAACCACAACUAGGACUGGGUAAAGUUAAUAGGAACAGAAAGACAGACAGGAGAGGGCAAAAAAAGAAAAGAAAAGAAAAGAAAGCACAC